CUUCAUUGAGUUCUGUCUGAAUAUUUAUUCAAUUUUAUUACAUUUCUGCCCUUCAAACACCUCUUAUUUACAUUUCUGCCAUUCACUUCAUGACAUUUGCUCCCAACGCGGUAACACAGCACCACCAUCUCGCCGCCGAUUGAGCUAGCUUGCCGGAAAACUCGCCGGAAAUUAACACCGACUGAGUGAAAAUUACCCGAUUUAAAUCAUGUCAUCACCGAAGAAUCAUCGGAAAAAGCACGAAGAAAAGAGCCGAAAACCGUCGUCGUUCCACGGCAGAACGGCGGAGACGAUGGCGGUGGCGAAGCUUAAUAGGCCGAGGACGGCGCCGGACCUGUUUCCCGGAAGAAGAGUUGCCGGAGUAGCUUCGCCGGAGGUGAAGCCGACGAAGUUGACGAAGCUGUUGUUGAACGUGACUGUGCAACGGAGUUUAGGUGCCGUGAUGGUGAUCAUGUCGCCGGAGUCAACUGUCGGGGACUUGAUCGCGGCGGUGCUACGGCAGUAUGUUAAGGAAGGGAGGCGCCCGAUUUUAGAGUCGACGAAUUGCGAUGAUUUUGAUCUUCAUUACUCGCAGUUUAGCUUGGAAAGUCUGGAUAAGGAGGAGAAGUUGAUAAACUUAGGAUCAAGAAACUUCUUUUUGUGCCCGAAAAAAUCGGAUACGAUGGCCGGAAUAAGGCCGGGAAGUUGUUCGAAGGAGGGUGAGUUAUGCCCUAGAAAGUCGAAAACGGUGGACAAUUGCGGCGGAGUAAGGGCGGCAGCUUGCUCGAAUGAAGCUGAGGAAGAAUGGAUGACACAGAUUGCAUGGCUUAAAUUGAUGGAGCUCUUGUUAUGAUCCAAACAGAACCCCCAUGCUAGUACUAUAUAAAUCUGUACAUACGUUAGAAGUGCUAUGGUUUAGUACUAUCUCAUGUUCAAUAAAUUAGGGAAUUCAUGUACAUAAGCCUGCAGUCGAAACUGCUGUUUGCUAUCACGUACAGUAAACAGUCAGUACUCCCUCCGUCUCAUUCAUUUCAAUUUUUUUUAUAAUUUUAGCGGAAGUUAAAAAUGUAAUACAAUUAUGGAAAAGACGUAAAAGAAUUGAUUAGAACGGAAGAUAUGAUUUAUCCAA